UAUUAUAAAUAUCCCCACAAAUCGCCCCUUUUGAACCAUAAUUUCUUCCCUCCCUAAGACCCUAACUAACACAACCACCACAACACACUUCUUGAUUUUCCGAUGGCUUUUAAAUAUUCUCCGGCAUCUCCCGCCGGAAAAUGGCUAGGCUUCGUUACCGCCGUUUGGGUCCAAGCCAUCUCAGGCAACAACUACACAUUCUCCAACUACUCUGACGCUCUCAAGUCACUCAUGUCAUUAACUCAGCUGGAGCUAAACAAUCUCUCCGUUGCUAAAGACGUCGGAAAAGCGUUUGGAAUACUCGCCGGACUUGGCUCCGACCGCCUGUCACCGCCAGUGUUGCUUCUCAUUGGGUCUCUUAUGGGCCUUGUUGGGUAUGGGGCUCAAUGGCUUGUCAUUAGUGGACGCAUUCUGCCUCUUCCUUAUUGGGCGAUGUGUGUAUUUCUGUGUAUGGGAGGAAACAGCACAACUUGGAUGAACACUGCAAUUCUGGUUACAUGUAUUCGGAACUUUAGGAAAACGAGGGGUCCAGUUACGGGAAUUCUUAAAGGCUAUGUUGGAUUAAGCACAGCUAUAUUCACAGAUUUAUGUGCUUCAUUAUUCUCAGAUGAUCCUGCAACUUUUGUUCUAAUGCUUGCAAUUAUUCCUUUUGUUGUCUGCUUGACUGCCAUUCUAUUCCUUCGCGAAAUUCCACCAUCUUCCACUUCGAAAGAAGAUAAACAGGAAGUGAAAUUUUUUGGAAUUUUCAAUGUUGUUGCUGUGAUAAUAGCUCUUUAUCUGCUUGCUUUUGAUGUUAGUGGUCCACAUGGAAGCAUGUUAUCCCAAGCAUUUGCUAUCAUACUUCUCAUUCUUAUAGCCUCACCUUUAUGUGUUCCCGUGUACCUUAUGUUACAAAAUUCAAUCCGGUCUAACGAUUCAACAAUUUCAAACACUGAAAAUAAUGUGACUGAGCCGCUUUUAGUGCAAGAGAAGGCAGAGGUAGAGAGAACGCCGGAGACAACUGUGGCAGAGGUGGUUGUGGAGGAGGAGACUGAGAAAAUCCAGCCAGUGAUUGGAGAAGAGCACACUAUAAUGGAGGCAUUAAAGACGGUUGAUUUCUGGAUAUUAUUUUCUUCAUUUUUGUGUGGAGUAGGGACUGGCUUGGCAGUGAUAAAUAACAUGGGACAGAUGGGACUGGCUCUUGGAUACGCUGAUGUCUCGAUGUUUGUUUCGCUUACUAGCAUCUGGGGAUUUUUCGGGCGGAUUCUUUCUGGUUCAGUUUCAGAGUACUUCAUCAAGAAAGCUGGAACACCAAGGCCUAUCUGGAAUGCAGCUUCUCAAAUUUUAAUGUGUGUAGGAUACAUUUUGAUGGCUAUGGCUUUGCCAGGUUCUCUUUAUGUUGGCUCAAUUGUAGUAGGAGUAUGUUACGGAGUCCGCCUGGCUAUCACAGUUCCUACUGCUUCAGAGCUGUUUGGGCUGAAGUACUAUGGUCUGAUCUACAAUAUCCUAAUCCUCAACCUUCCGCUUGGCUCUUUUCUGUUCUCCGGAAUGCUUGCUGGUUUCUUGUAUGAUUCACAGGCUACACCUACUGCUGGAGGCGGAAACACAUGCAUAGGGGCUCACUGUUACAGGCUAGUGUUUAUUGUCAUGGCCAUAACAUGCGUUAUUGGAUUUGGUUUAGAUGUUUUACUCACUUUUAGAACAAAAAGUGUCUAUUCGAAGAUUUAUACUAGCAAGAAGGGGAAGAAGUCAGUGACCUUAUCUUAGUGGCCAUCGUGAGUGUCCAGUCAUCCACAAUCUACAUUCAAGCAUAUGCAGGACUGAUCGGAGAUUUUUCCAAUGAUGUCCUUUUUUGCUUCGUUAGCUGUUUAGUUAUUGUUUGUUGUUCAACUAUUUAUUAUUUCGGAUUUGAUGGAUCUCUUACACUUCUAUCAGUAUUUGUACUAGCAUUAUUUGGGUUUUAUCAUGAAUGUAAAAAAGACAGUUGGAUCUA